AUGUGUGUGGUGUUCGCUGCCUGUGUGGUCCUGGUUUCUCUGUUUGCGGGGCUACUGGCAGUCGCUGCCUGGCUGUGGGCCAACCGCCGUCGGACGGCUAUCCCAGGACCCCCGACACUGCCGCUUGCGGGAAAUGGAUUCAGCUUCUACAAAGUGCCCGUGUUGUGGGACCGCCUCUGGGCGAUGCACAGUCGCUACGGGGACAUCUUCAGGUUCUACAUAGGCUCGAGGCUGGUGGUCGUGCUGACGCAACCAGAAGACAUCCAGAGGGUGCUGCUGGGCGGCAAAUCACGAGAAAAUAUGCCACGUGAACGUGAACCUUUCGUCACGUACACCUUCCGUACAUUUCUGGGAGACGGGCUAAUCGGCGUCCAGGGUGAACGAUGGAAAAGGCACCGGAAGCACAUCGAACGAGUAUUUCAUAUAGAAGAGCUGAAGAAAUUCAUGGACAAAUUCAACGACGCUGGGCUCUUCCUGUGCGAGCAGUUAGCAGAAAGCAAAGGAGCAGAAAUUGAACUGUCCCACUCACUCGUUCACACUACAUUCCGUUCGGCUAUAGCCACUAUUUUCGAUCUUGACCUGAACUCGAUCUUUCCAGAUCGGGAGCGGCAGUCUGAAGUGGUUGAUCUAUGGAUUGAUUUCGGAAAAGCUUUAUCGGAAAUUUUAUACCGUCCAAUGACCGUAUUCAGCUGGACCAGGUGGAUGACUAGAGAAGGUCGGAUGUUGACAAAAUUCAAAACUGUUGUCAGACACAUAACUGACCGUGUAUUCGCCUUAGGCAGGAAAAGACCUGAUAGUUCAAAGGCCAGUGAAAGAACGCUCUUGGCUUGGAUUCUUAAAGAAAAGAAUUCAGGAACUAUAUUUACUGACAAGGAACUUCAUGAUGAAGCAGCGACAAUGGCGACGGUUGGCGUCGAGACCGUUACUAGCACGAUGGGCUACGCACUGUCUCUGCUCGGGCUCCACCCAGAGUGGCAAGAGAUGGCGCAGCGCGAACUGGACGAGUGUUUCGGAACUGGGGACGACUACUUACGACCUGUCACCACUGCAGACCUUUCCCAGCUUAAAGUCAUCGACGCCAUUCUAAAGGAGACUGGGCGACUUUUCACGACGGUGCCCUGCAUGCUGUACGUGGCGGCCGAAGAUGUGCCGCUGGCAGGUGGCCGGUACAUCGCAGCCCGAGGCACCACCUUGCUGAUCGCCUACUACCUCAUGCACCGUCACCCAGAGCUCUUCCCAGAGCCGGACAAGUUCGACCCUGGCCGGUUCCUGGAGGGCGGCAGCGCCGAGUCCAGGAAAGCCUACAGCUACAUCCCAUUCGGCAUCGGUUCGCGCAAGUGCGUGGGGGAGAGGUACGCAGUUUUGCAGAUGAAGGUCGUCCUAGCGACGGUUCUGCGCCGCUACCGUAUACUGCCGGGGACGAGCAGGGAGGAGCUGGAAGACAGUGUGCUUUCAAUGGUGUCCCAGCCAGUCACUGGGUUUCGAGUUACUUUCAUCCCACGAGAUAACAUUCCUUCCAAUUCGGUCUGAGAGAAGAUUGUGUCGAAAAAGUUAUUUACGAGGGUCACUCUACAAGAAAUGCACACUUUUUUUAAAUCCAUCUUUUAUUCUACAUGUUCGAAAGGUUUACAGUGUGUACAUACAUCCUUGAGGAACAAUAUUUUCAUUUCUCCACAUAAUUUCCAUCCCUCUGAACUGUCCUACGCCAUCUUGGAACCAGCGCCUGUAUGACCUGCACGGCAAAAUUCUGGACCAACCUGUUGGAGCCACUUUUUAGCAGCUUGUACAAGGGAGUCAUCAUCUUCAAACCUUGUUCCACGAAGAGAGUCUUUCAGUUUCCCAAAGAGAAAAUUCUGGACCAACCUGUUGGAGCCACUUUUUGGCAGCUUGCACAAGGGAGUGAUCAUCUUCAAACCUUGUUCCACGAAGAGAGUCUUUCAGUUUCCCAAAUAGAUGAUAGUCACAUGGAGCCACGUCAGGUCUGUAAGGCGGGUGUUUCAGUGUUGUCCAUCCGAGUUUUGUGAUCGCUUCUGUUGCUUUUUGACUGACAUGUGGCCGUGCAUUGUCGUCCAACAGCAAAACAUCCUGCUUUUGCCGAUGUGGUCGAACACGACUCAGUCGAGCUUGAAGUUUCUUCAGUGUCGUCACAUAAGCAUCAGAAUUUAUGGCGGUUGCACUUGUCAUGAUGACCACAAGCAAGAGUCCUUCGGAAUCGAAGAACACCCUAACCAUAACUUUUCCAGCAAAAGGUGUGCUCUUUUUUUCUUGGGUGAAUUUGCAUGAUGCCACUCCAUUGAUUGCCUCUUCGUCUCUGGCAAAAAAUGAUGGAGCCCUGAUAUCAGCCAUCACAUUUCUUCCAAGAAAUUCAUCUCCACCAUUCUCGUACUGUUCCAAAGUUUCGCUGUAUACCGUUUUUCUUCUUUCUUUGUGAGCCACUGUCAACAUCCUGGGAACUUACCUGGCACAAACCUUUUUUAACCCGAACACUUUCAGUAUUCUGCAAACACUUCCUUCCCCUAUCCCAACGUAGCGUGACAAUUCUUUCAGUGUGAUGCAUCUGUCGGCAGUCACCAAUUCGUUAUCUCUCUGCACAUUGUCUGGAGUGUGUGCAGUACGAGGCCUGCCGCUGCGAGAACAAUCCUCAAUAUUGCCGUGCCCGCUUUCAUCACAUUACCUGCUUGCCCAUCGACUAACUGUACUGCUAUCGACAGCAGCAUCUCCAUACACCUUUUUCAACCUCUUGUGGAUGUUUCCCACUGUCUCGUUUUCACAGCACAGGAAUUCUAUAAUAGCACGUUGCUUCUGACGAACGUCAAGUGCAGCAGCCAACUUGAAGACAUGCUGUGACGGCGCCACUAACGGGAACAGGUUGAACUAAGUUUGAAAACAAGCGGGAAGGAUGUAUCUACACAUUGUAAAACUUUCACACAUGCAAUAUGAAAACUGUAUUUUUACAAAAAUAGUGUGCAUUUCUUUUGGAGUGGCCCCCGUAGCUGCAAACUUUCAGUUGCCCUUACGGUUUUGCAGUCGAUUCACACUGGACGUCAGCGGAUCGCCCCUGAAUGGUGUCUUCACACUAGACGGAACAGGAAUACGAUAUGGCAGUGCCUGUGUUAUUCUGAAUUAUGCUGCACGGUUCCUUUGGACAUGAAAGCAUGUCCAAAGGAAUAGGCACUGUGGCGACUACAGCCGUUAUGAAACACAUUAAAUGUGACGAAAUUGCGAAUAUGGACAACAAUCAGCUUCUAAAUGUUCUAAAUGGAUUGACGCCAGUAAAAUUUGUGCCGGAACGCGGUUUUCCUACUUGCGAGCGGUCGCCUUGCCAUUUGGUCAUUCACGCGUGACUCACUGCCAGACCCGGACUUCCAUAUGUCGUGAGCUACGUGUCUACAACCUGUAUUCGUACAUCCGUUAUGUACAUUCCCGUACAGCUGAGAGGUGUUACUUGAAGGUCGUUUGCCCGAUGUCGGCGGACAAAAACGAUACUGCAGUGCCUGUGUUAUUGGGAAUUACGAUGCAAAGUUCCUUUGAGCAUGCAUGCAUGUCCAAAGGAAAAGACACUGCAGCGUCUGCAGCCGUUAUGAAGUACAAUAGAUGUAUUCACAGUUGCGAGGGUACUUUUCUAUCGUAUUCUGAAUAACACAGACACUGUAAUAUCGUAUGUAUCCGCCGACACUGCCUCCCAAUGCGCAAGCUACUUUCAGCUAUCAUGUCUCACCUGUAUGAGAAUAUACAUAACGUAUGUACAAGUACAGGCUGUAGUCGCAUAGUUGACAAUGUAUGGAAGUUUGAGUCUGGCCAUAAUGCGUGCACAACUAGAAAUGGCAAGAUGACUGCUCACUAUGGGUAGGAAAUCCGAGUUCGAGUUGGUUGUCCAUUUCACACUGCAUUUACAUUUAAUGGUGUAGAAAUACAACGUCACUUCGUUUAGCACAGUGCCCAACAGUCAAACUACGUUUAUUACAUAUAAUAUAUGGUACAAAAAGACAGAAUAUAGUACCAGAUUGAAGGAAAUGGUCGUUUGUAAUCUAGCUCUCUGCCUGGCAAGAAACAGAGCGCCAGAAUUAAUCCUAGCUGCUCAUGUGAUGGUGACACACAUUCACAAUAAAUAACACUAGUUUAGACUG